AUGCCAAGAAUCGUCCCAUCACCAUUGCGCUUUCUCAAAUACGGCCUUCCAAAACAACAUUACCAUCACCAGCAACCACUUAGAGCUUUAUUCAGACCAACCCACCAAUACCAAUCUCUCAGACAUCAGUCUCAAGGCCCGCGCCAGUCUCGCGGCGGUUACAACUACAACUACGACCACAACUCUUACCGUCAAUACAGGCCUCCAAAUCGCUGGUCUAUCAAAAGACACAUCGGCAAAGGCUACUUGGAAGCUCUCAUCCUCAUCUUCUUCCUCUACAAGUACAAGUACCCCAAAGCAAUCAUGUCCUCCUCCCUCAUCCCCGACAACCCCGACGAGGUAAUGGUCAUCCGCGACCUCACGCCCAACGUCGCCAUCUUUUCUGUACCCUUCUCCCGUUUCGGUAAAAUCCCCAUCGGCGGCCGCGGCACCGCUGUCCGCCUCACCUCUGGCUCCAUCGCAGUCUUCUCCCCCGUCGCGCUGACGGAAGCCACCAAAGCCAAGAUCGCUUCCUGGGGAGGUCAAGUCAAGUACCUGGUCGCGACGGACAUUGAACACCACAUCUUCCUCUCGGAAUGGAAAAAAGCCUACCCCGCGGCGAAAUUAAUCGGCCCAGAAGGUCUCCCCGAAAAGCGCCUCAAGGUGAAGAACGACCCUAAAAUCGGCCACGAACCGUUUGAUGUUGUCAUUGGCAAAAACACACCCAGGCCGUACUCGGUAGAUGCCGAGUUCGACAAAGACUUCGAGGUGGAGUAUAUCGCCUCCCACCCCAACAAGGAAGUGGUGUUUUUGUAUAAACCGGACAAGGUGCUCAUCGAGGCGGAUUUGUUGUUUAAUUUGCCUGCGACGGAGCAGUACUCCAAGGUACCGGAGGAGAAGAAGCCGAAGCCGGGGUUGUUGGGGGGAUGGUUUAUGGGGAUGAACAGUACGGAGGGAGAGGCGAAGGGGAUGAAGAGAUUUUUGUGGUGGGUUGUGAGCAGGGCGGAUAGGGAGGGGUUCAAUGAGAUUGUGGGGAGGAUGUAUAGGGAUUGGGAUUUUGAGGUGAUUGUGCCCUGUCAUGGGGAGGUUAUUGAAAAGGGGGCGAAGGAGGUCUGGGGGAGGGUGUUUGAGUGGCAUUUGGAGGGGAAGAAGUGA